UGAUCGACGUCACGGUGCUGCCCAUCAUCUGUACGUUCGUCCUCUUCGCGUCCCCGUUCCGGCCCUGGCGUUCUAGCUUCGCGUACCACUGGCGGUCUGGUGGCGUUCCGGCGGCGGCGAGCAUUCCGGCGGCGGGCGUUCCGGCGGCGGCGUCCCGGCGGAUUGGCGCGGAUUGUGGGGAAGGAACUUGCUGCAACGAUGUGGAGUUCUCGGGAAUUCCAGGAUAUUGUGGAACCCCCUGCGGCACCGAGUGCUGCGCUGCUUCUCUGAACUUCGCAUGCAGCGGCAAUGCAGCUACAUGUGGAGCAGGGUCAGCCGGCACAGAAGAUCCCCACUUUCAGCUCACCGGGCUUCCAGAUGACCAAGAGUUCACAUGGGACUUUCAUGGCAAAGGCAACGAAAGCUACUGCAUGGUUUCAGAUACCUUCUUAGGCAUGAACGUCCAUAUGUUCGGUAUGCCAACUGACGUCUCCAUUCUUGAGCAAAGGGCAGAAGCUGACAACGACUUCUUUGAAGGCACCUGGAUGGAUGCAAUCGGGGUCAUGUAUUUCGACGAGCACGGAGAGAAGCAGAGCCUGGAGAUCCUGCUCAAUCACACGCAAGCCCGCGCAUCUCAGGGAGACCCUUACAUCAUCCGUUUCCUUGCCAAUGAUGCUGCAAUGGACCCGUUUAGUGAGGGUGAAGUCACUUGGACAAGUGCUGACAAGAGCAUCACCGCAACUCGUCUUUCCAACCACUUUCUCUCAAUUUCCAUCCCCGGUCUCCUUUCUUUGGAGGUCAAGGUGGAAAAAGAGACGGAGCUCAUCACCGAGCCUCCAAUAUACUUCCUCAACUUUGAGAUCAAGACAAUUGCCACGACUCCCAAAGUUCAUGGAUUUCUGGGGCAGAUGUAUGCGCCGGGGGCUGUAGAGAAGCGCCUGAACAUGGGUACUCUCGACGGCUUCCAUCACCGCGAGUACGUGGAAGGAUCUGACGAGGAUUACCUGACGUCUAACCUAAGCGGGACUGAUUGCUCCUUCAACCGCUUUGGGAUGGGCGUCAACAACGCGACGAAGAGCGAUAUUGCGCUGAGCGCCUUCCUGUCCACCUCCCAGAGCUCCGGGACUCCGGGUCGGCGACUCCUCCAAGCUACAACUACUCGGGAGUCGCGCGGCCUUCUCCAAGCCAUGACCGGGGAAUCGCAGUGCGAGUGCUUUUACACCUGCGACGGGUCCACCCCGUGCUCCGAGACGUGCUGCAACGGAGUGUGCACUGACGUCAACACCGACCCGAACAACUGCGGUGACACGUGUACGACAUGCAGCUUCGACAACGCGGCUGCAUUCUGCCUGGAUGGCGUCUGCACUUUAGGCGCGUGCAAUGAAGGCUACUAUGAUUGCAACGGGGACUCCUCGGACGGCUGCGAGACGGAUGUGUUCAACGACCCCGGUCACUGCGGCAGCUGCUUCAAUGGAGACUGCAGUAAUUUCAUCAUGCACGCGAUGCCAACGUGCUCCAACGCUUUCUGUGACUACUCCGGCAAUUGUGACUCCGGCUACGGAGAUUGUGACGGGAGUCGGGGUAACGGGUGCGAGAUGUACCUGGAUGGGAGUAUCAACAACUGUGGCACCUGCGGUACUGUUUGCAACAGCAAUAACGGCCUACCAUCGUGCGUCGUAGGGAGUUGUACCAUUGAGUGUGACGAGGGCAUCUAUGGCAACUGCGACAACGACGUCACAAACGGUUGCGAGACCUUCCUGUUUUUCGGUGACCCGACCAAUUGUGGCGGCUGCGGAGUCCAUUGCGAGCCAGAGACACCGCAAUGUGUCUUUGGAAUAUGCCAGGCACCAUUCGACUAGGUUGUAUCGGACCUAGACGUAGCGUGUGGCUUCAGACUGGUAGGUGGGCUGCGCCCCACCUGCGCGCUGUGAUAGGUUCUGCGGUGUUUAAAGUUGUGCCUAUUGAAUGUGCUGUAGCAAAGUUGCUGGAUCUGGACGGUCGGACCGAAUUAGCUAAGCCGGCUUCUCGUGAAAAAGUGAAAGUUGGACUGAAACGAACUAAAAGUGACCGUUGGCAACAAAUAAACAUUCAACAUGGCAAUGAAUCUGGUCCGACGUAGUUUGUAACGUCUAAAUUGCAAGUUUGCACACGUUUGAACUGAAUACAAACUUGCUCCAUCAAUGUUUACACAACGGUCAUGCUCGGAC